GUCACAGCUACUAUCAGAGCUACAAAAGAUGAGUAUUAAUGCUGAAGAUGCUGACAUCCUCUGUUUCUUCUUUUCUCCCUUAGGUAGUGACUCUUCCCUGCCCACUCUUGUCAGCUUUUAUUCCUCUGUGGUUCACUUGCAUCAUUAUGUCUCAGUAUCAGGCAAAUCGAGAAUGCCUAGAGGAUGAAGACCUUCAGACAUGCAGUGACCCUCAAGGCCUAGAGAGUGCACAGGUCUUCAGAGAUGAUGAGGAGAAAUUUCUCUCCUCCUCCAAACCUCUUGUGCCUGGCACCCUGGAGGAGGCUCCUGUGGCUGAGACACCCAGUACUUCCAAGGGUCUUCAGCAUUCUUGUUUUUCUUCAAGCAAUUCUGAGCAGGGUGCCAGUAGCCAAGAAAAUCAGCAGAUCUUAUGCACCAAACAGGCUGCAAUGGUCCCCGGGACUGUCCCUCACAAUGAUGUGGAUGAGAAAGUGACUGUACUAGUGAAUUUUAUGCUGCUCAAGUAUCAAAUGAAAGAGCUAGUAUGGAAAGCAGAUAUGUUGGAGAUUAUCAUGCAAGAAGAUGAGGAACACUUCCCAAAGAUCCUACUGCAGGCCUGUCAGACCAUGGAGAUGGUGUUUGGCUUAGAUGUAAAGUUACUGGAUCCCUUCAACCACUGCUAUGGGGUCUUCAUCAAGCUUGGCCUCACCUAUGAUGGGAUGGGGAGUGACGAAGACAGCGUGCCCAAAACUGGCCUCUUGAUACUUCUCCUGGGUGUGAUCUUCACAAAGGGCUCCUGUGUCCCAGAAGAGGAGGUCUGGACAGCACUGAAGCUGACAGGGAUGUAUCCUGGGAGGGUUCACUUUCUGUUUGGGGAUCCCGGGGAGAUCAUCACCAAAGAAUUUGUGAAGGAAAAGUAUGUGGAGUACCGGCUGGUGGCCAACAGUGAUCCUCCUCAGUAUGAAUUCCUGUGGGGCCCAAGAGCCUAUGCUGAAACCAGCAAGAUGAAAGUCCUGGGGUUUAUGGCCAAUAUUCUGGGAACUGACCCAUGUCAUUUGCCAGUUCAGUAUGUAGAGGCUGUGCUGGAGAAAGUAGAGAAAGCGCUCACCAGCAUUUCCUUGUGGGCUGCCUCCAGGUUCAGGUCCAUUGUAAGGUAUUAUGCUAGGGGCAGUAGUUUCUCCCAUCCGUGGUCACAGGAGACGUGGGUUGUCACUUACUGUUCCAAAAGUAGCUAGUUUAUUCCAAGUGCAGGCUUGUACUGAAAGAAUGUAGGUAC